UCCAGCUCCAACCGUCACUGGAGGACUCGAGCUUCCCGUCAGCCAUUGUUUCCAAAUCAACACGCCUCAACCGCAAAUCCCUCGGAGCCUUCGAGCUCCCUCCAUCCCGCCCAAAAUGUCUUCCACAAUCAUGGACCAACUAGACACAACAACAAUCGUCUCCCUCCUCUCCGUCCUCCUCCUCCUAAACAGCGCCUUCGUCCUCUCCCUCCGCGUCCUCCACCCCUCCACCCCCUCGACCCUGCGCGUCCUCUUCAUCUGGCACGCCUUCGAUUUCCUGAUUCACACCCUCUUCGAAGGAUCCUUCCUCUACAACUGCUUCUUCGCCUCCGCGCCCUUCGAUUCCGGCUCCAUGCACCCAGCCCUCAUCACGAACUUUCUCAAUCAGCCAGAUCGAGUGUUCGGCAGCGCGUAUGCGAAUAACUGGGCCAGUAAACUGUGGAUGGUGUACGCGAAGGCGGAUUGGAGGUGGGGACAGGCGGAUCUGACGGUCAUUAGCUUGGAGUUGUUGACUGUGUUUGGGGCGGGCCCGUUGGCGUUGUGGAUUUGUUAUAAGAUUAGUAAGAGGGAUCCGAUGGCGGGGUUUUGGAUGGUGGUGUUGGCUACUGGGGAACUUUAUGGAGGUUUCAUGACCUUCUGCCCCGAGUGGUUGACGGGAAACCAGAAUCUCGAUGCGAGUAAUUUUAUGUUUAAAUGGGUGUAUUUGGUGUUCUUCAAUAUGCUUUGGGUUUUCUUGCCGUUGUAUGCGAUGUGGUAUGCGUUUGGGGAUAUGUAUAAUGCUUUUAUGGUCCGGAAUGGGGUUGUGGCUGCGAGGUUGGAGAUGCACAGGCUGGAGGUGGAGAAGCAGAAGGAGCAGAAGUCCAAGUAGACGCUUGGCAGGUGUAUCAAAUGGGCUACAAGUGUUUAUCAUUGUGCAUAUGGAAAAAUGGCUAAUGGGACGGACUGGGGAUGGAGGUCGAUUGAUAUUGGCGCUGAUAUAUAAAAGUCCUGGAUGGACGGUUGUGAAAUAAUGGGCAUAAGUUAUUGUCUUUCCGGUGAAACGAGUGCAUGUUUCCAAGAGAUAAUUCAUUUGACCUCGACUUUGAAAACUGCAUGGGUAUAGAUUCAGCUUUUGAACGCGGGACACAAAUCAGU